UGUAUUUUUAUUUAAAAUAUGACCGAAUUUAGGUCGGAUAUUUUUUGGAAUUUAAUCUUUUGACAAUGGCGAGACUAGCCGUUUGCAUCUAAUUGAAGCGAACCUCGUCGUCAUACGUUUUCACCAAUGAAAAUAGACAGAGAAAGGCCAAGAAUCAAAACAAUAUCAUAAACAAAAGAGAUAUAUGAUAAAGUUCUCCUUGGAAUCGAAGCUCAAUCCGAAUCUCAUCAGUGCAUCAAUCUACCUUAUGAUUUAAAUCCUGGUCUAAUCCAUUAACACCUUGAUUUCUAGGAGAAAAUAGAAAAUGUCUGAAUUUCACGAUUUGGAAAAUUCUGGAACUGUUGAUAAUCGACCUAUUUAUCCUCAAUCUUCGACUAAUCAGGUAGAGCUGUCUCAUGUUGAUAGCAGACAAGAUCUGUUUGUGGAUGCUCCAGAUGAGUUGAAUAAUGAUAAUAAGGAAGGUGGAAUGCCCGCUGUAAGUCCAAACGUUGCCGUUUUGGAGGGAAAACGGAAUGCAGUAGCUAGGCAGUUUGAUGAAACGGAUAAUAAUGAUAGUAAUCACUUCGUCAAUGAAAUGGAGCACCUGCGAGCUUUGCUGGAGCAGGCAGUUGACGAAAAAGAGAGACUUGAAGUCAAAUACAAGGAAGAAAUGGAGGUGCUUUCAAGGGAGAUUCAUAUGAAGGAUCAACAGAUUGAAAGGUUGAAUGCAAGGGAUAUAAGUUCUGUAGCUGAAGCUGGGAAGGAGGUUUUUGCAGAGAAGAACCCGCAGUAUGAGGUUACGAUGGAGAGGAUUUUGGCUGCUCUUGCGUCAGUUGUUAAUCAAGGAGAUGUUAUGGGUUAUUCCAGUGGGGAACAGGUUGACCUUGUUGAGAAAAGCAUGUUGGCAUUAAUAGAGAAGUAUAACCAAUUUCUUUUUGAAGUCAAUCAACUUAGGCAGUGUUUGACAAAGGCUGAGUAUGAUUUUGGUGUGCAGGAGUUUGGGACUCUAUUUGUUGCGGCCUGUGAUGAGUUAUUUGAGUUGAGGAGGAGGGAAGCACAGCUGGUUGAAAAAAUAGGCCUUUUUGAAGAUGAAAAUAGGAAAUUGCUUGAACAAGUUGAAAAUGAGAGAGUGGCAGUGAAUACACUGAAUUCGGAGCUUGGGAAAACGAAGGCUGAGUGUGAAGAGGAAAAGAUGAAGUGUGCUAAUACUAAAGAAAAGCUGAAUUUGGCCGUGACAAAAGGGAAGUCAUUGGUUCAGCAGCGGGAUGCUCUGAAGCAGUCUCUGGCUGAUAAAGCAAGUGAGCUUGAUAAAUGUCUGGCUGAAUUGCAAGAGAAGACUAGUGCCCUAGAGGCUGCUGAAUCACACAACGAUGAAUUGGUGAAAAGUGAAAACUUGGUUGCAUCAUUGCAAGAAUCACUCUCGCAAAAGACCUUGAUUGUUGAGACAUUUGAGCACAUCCUAUCGCAUCUUGAUGUACCUGAGGAACUCCAAUCAGUGGAUAUUGUUGGAAGAGCUAGAUGGCUUGCUAAUGAAAGAAAUGAAUUGAAGGGUGCUUCCUUGGACUUCUGUAGAUUGAAAGAUUCCAUUUGGGCAAUUGAUUUACCAGAAAAUGUCUCAUUUUCUGAUUUAGGUUCUCGCUUGGCUUGGCUUAAGGAAUCUUUUUACCGGGCUAAAGAUGAUAUAAAUAUGUUGCAAAAUGAAAUGUCCAGAACAAAGGAAGCUGCAAGUGAUGAGAUAGAUAAAUUGAGUGCUUUACAUUCGGCUGUACAACAAGAGGAGGACUAA